CACGCGGGUCCCAGAUCGUCGACUAUUCGUUGGUGAAAUAUCGCGGUGAACUUUUGUGACGUUUGCGAAAUCGGCUAUAUUGGCGGACGAUUUGAUUCGAUAGAGCGUCGAAUUAUGACUAUUGUGUGCAUUUAGUUUGAAGAUUAUUUGAAGGUGUGUUUAAUACAAUGGCUGGGCCGUAUUUGUCUCCGUUGCCGGGAGAUCUGCUGACGGAAUACAUGUUUGGUCGUCGAAGGCAGAGAAGAAACAGAACCACGUUUACGCCUCAACAGCUGAGCGAGUUGGAGUCGUUGUUUCAGAAAACUCAUUACCCAGAUGUGUUCUUGAGAGAGGAAGUCGCUUUGAGGAUCAGUCUCUCGGAAGCCAGAGUGCAAGUAUGGUUCCAAAACCGACGAGCGAAAUGGCGUAAGCAGGCUCGCUUGCAGCUUUUGCAGGAUGCUUGGAGAAUGCGCUGCUUGGGUCUUGGUACACCACCACUGGGAUUGCCUGGUCACAAGCCUCCAGAUUCGUCGCCAGAGCGCACGGAUUCGCCAUCGAAUAAAUCGCCAGAACCGUCAUUAGAAACCAACCCAGAACUCAAGUCACCCCGCCCCGAUGCGUACAACGGGAACAUUCCAGAACAUACACAAAUGCCACACGAAAUGCCACCCAUGCCAUACCCCAACGAAGACGGCAGGAUGAUGCAACAGCCAUACCCGUUCCCGCCGUUACUCAUGCCACAACUAGACGCCACGGACAACGUGCCAACUGAUCUACGCGUGCCAAACAAAAACACCAACUGCCAUUGCGUGCCAAUAGAAGAGCCACAGAACUUAGCGUACCCCAGAAGGGAAAAAGAGACCAGUGAAAGUGAUAGCGAUUCAGAAAUCGAUCUCACCUCGCAUUCCAAAGACGAUGAUUUGAGAGAAUCGGAACGGCUAGCCAAUAGAAUUGCCACUAGCAUCUUCAGAAGCGACACAGUGCUACACGAUUUAGUCCCGAACGACCUCAGUAUGGGAACAAGCAAAAACGUCCCAAUCGACCGUACUCUUAGAAACAAUAUGAUGUAGGCAUCAAUGUGAUAUAUUUGUCAUUUCUAGUCAUAACGUAAUCUUUGUCUAUUUUAUAUUGUAGAUACAUUUAUUUUUACACGUACUAUUAUGAGCCUUUGUAGAUAGCAUUGUAGUAUGCUUAUGUAUAUGGGUAUAGGAUAAGCGUUUUGUUUCAUGUUUUAAUGUAGUAGUAGAGGUAAUAAAUAAUAAAUAG